GGCGCGUGGUGGUAGAGGGUCUCGCGCCUGUGUAUGUUGCAGGAAAGAAAAAAACGGUGACGGAGGCGUCACACGGAUCAGUCCCGACCUGCCCGCCCGGACCGACGCUCCCCUCCCGGCCACCGCUCUGCCGACGCACCGGGACGCACCGGGACAACGUCCAGACUCUUUUAGUAAUCUUAUUUAGGGAGGGGGUGCACGCGCCGCAGCAGCACUUCUUUCUUCUCUUCUUCCUCGCUGCUUUUUCUCCUUCAGGAGGACACGCGGACGCUCUCCGGGAGCGGGGAGGAGCAGCGGAGCCGGAUCGGGGAGCCCAUGCAGACCGGACUCACUUAUCAAUGAAGCAGGAGAUCAUGGCGGAGGGUCCCCGCUGCAAGAGGCGAAAACAGGCCAACCCCCGGAGGAAGAACGCAGUGUUGAACUAUGAGAAUGUGGUGGAGACGGGUUCAGAGACAGACGAGGACGACAGGACGCUGGUCUCUGAGGACAACGGCCUCGCUAACGGCGGCGGUGGAGGAGGAGGGGAGGAUGAAGAGGCAGGCAGCCCGGCCGGCGUGCCAACUCUGGAGGCGUCACCCCGGGUCGCCCACGCCCUGCUGUCCUACCGGGACCAGGAGGGCUCAGAGAGCCGAGAGGGUCUCCGGAACCACCAUCACCGCUGGAGACUCGGAGACGACACCAACCUGAACCUGAACGGCACCGAUGACAGGAAGGACGAAUAUGAACCUCUCGGUCCGGAGGCGUCUCUGCACGCUGUGGGAAACGGUACAGUGAAGCGUCUGGAAGGCGUCUCUGAGCUGGACGAGUACUUUCUGAAACGUAAACUGGAGGAGGCUGACGGUCACCCAGCAACCAUCGCAGAGUACCUGCAGCGCAGCGACACCGCCAUAAUUUACCCAGAAGCCCCGGAGGAGGUGACGCGACUGGGCACACCCGAGGCCAUUGGUCAAGACGAGAGCGAACACGACCUGAUGUCCGGCACUCCGGACGACUUCGCCCAGCUGCUCACCUGUCCGUACUGCGACCGCGGCUACAAACGCCUGACGUCUCUGAAGGAACACAUCAAAUAUCGCCACGAGAAGAACGAGGAGAGCGUCACCUGUCCGCUGUGUGCCGACACCUUCAGCCACCGCACGCAGCUGGAGCGCCACAUGACCACGCACAAACCCGCCCCAGACCAGCCGCCGCUGCUGAACGAAGGAGUUGGAAACCGCAAGUUCAAAUGCAGCGAGUGUGGAAAAGCCUUCAAAUACAAACAUCACCUGAAGGAGCAUCUUCGUAUUCACAGCGGUGAGAAGCCGUACGAGUGCUCCAACUGUAAGAAGCGGUUCUCCCACUCUGGCUCCUACAGCUCCCACAUCAGCAGCAAGAAAUGCAUCGGCCUGAUCGCCGUCAACGGACGGGUACGCAACGGAAACAACAGCAAGCCCGGCUCCUCCCCCAACUCCACAACCUCAUCACCUGGAAGCCCUGCCCUCGCCCAGCUCCGCCAAAAACUGGAAAAUGGGCGACCACUUGGCCCUCCAGACCAGCAGGGUCAACUCGACAUCAAAGCCGAGCCAAUGGACUUCAACGAGUAUCGGAUGCUGAUGGCCUCUCAGCACGGGUUUGGGGGACCAGGGGUCUACCUGAACGGCCACGGCGGAAGCCCCCUUGGCAUCCACAGCUCCUCCCAGAGCCCCCUUCAACAUCUCGGAGGCAUGGGGCUAGACCUCCCGCUGCUAGGCUAUGCAGGGCCUCUCGGGAACAACCUGAGUGAGGUGCAGAGGGUGCUUCAAAUCGUGGACAACACGGUGUGCAGGCAGAAGAUGGACGGGAACCCAGAGGAGAUCUCCAAGCUCAGGGCCUACAUGAAGGAGCUGGGGGCCCAGAUGGAGGAGCAGAAGCUGGCCCAGGCCGGCUUCCACAUGGUGGGCCAUAGCAGCCCUACAAAGAGCAUCAUCGACUAUACACUGGAGAAGGUCAAUGAAGCCAAGAGUCUGAUCGACGACUCCAAGAGGCAAGUGGAUGUCAAGAAGGAGAAGCCAAAUCACUCAAUUGAUCUCAGCGGUGAGGAGAAAUCCCAUGAUGGCCAGAACCAGUUCCUGCCAUUCUCCUGCCAGUACUGCAAGGAGACUUUCCCUGGACCCAUCCCACUACAUCAACACGAGCGCUACCUGUGCAAAAUGAACGAGGAGAUCAAAGCAGUCCUGCAGCCAGCUGAGUGCAGUCCUGUUGGCCGCAGGGGGGCGAUGCCCUCUGAGCUGUCCAGUAAUGAGCGGGCUACCAGCCCCAUCAAUCCCUUUAAGGACCAUGUGUCAGUGCUCAAGGCCUACUUUGCCAUGAACACUGAGCCCAACUCAGAGGAACUGCUCAAGAUUUCAAUUGCUGUUGGCCUUCCUCAAGAGUUUGUCAAGGAAUGGUUUGCCCAGUGGAAGAGCCAAAACCACCACGGAGGCAGUCUGAGGAAAAAGUCGCCCCCUCCCGACCGCAGUGGACUGGAUGUCAACCACAGCUUGAGUCGGUCACCGCUGUCACUUCCUGUCAUAGAUUUACACGGAGGCUUCACUAACGGUGACACCUCCCACAGACUUACAAAGGCCAACCAGUUUACAGCCAACAGGCAGACAAUAGGGGACAAACCACUAGACCCCUUGGACCACUUGAGGAGCAACACCCCGUCACCCCUCAACCUUUCCUCUACUUCCUCCAAAAACUCUUACACUCCAAACAGCCUAGCUUCUGAGGAAGCACAUGGGGAUAUACCACUGGAUCUGUCGCUGCCCAAACACAUGGCGCAGAAGCUUGUCUCUGUGGGAGAGAAACGACCCAGACCCAACGGUUUCAUCAUUGAGCGCAAUGGUGAGGCACAAGGACGAGAACAGGUGUCCGGGCCCUUAGAUCUGGUCAACAUCAAGAAGGAGAUCCUGGGCUCUGAUGGUGGAGGGAACUCUGUCCACCAGCUGGAGAAAAGCACCAGUCCCAUCUUUGGGAUUAAUCCCUUCACUGGCGGUCCUGUCUACACCUCUCUGCCACCUCACGGAGCAUUUCCUCCACCCACCUUCAUGUCUCCUGCCCAGGCCACCAUCCCAGGCCUCAGGUCCUACCCAGGACUUGACCCCAUGAGCUUCCUGCCCCACAUGGCCUACACCUACGCAACCGGAGCGGCCACAUUUGCUGAAAUGCAGCAGAGGAGAAAGUACCAACGGAAAUCAGGUUUCCAGGGGGAGCUGCUGGACGGGACGGCGGACUAUCUGUCAGGCCUGGACGACCUGACAGACAGCGACUCGCUGCUCUCCAGGAAGAAGAUUAAGAAGACUGAAAGUGGUAUGUACGCGUGUGACUUGUGCGACAAAACAUUCCAGAAGACCAGUUCCCUCCUAAGACACAAAUAUGAGCACACAGGGAAGCGUCCUCACCAGUGUCAGAUCUGUAAGAAGGCCUUCAAACACAAGCACCAUCUCAUCGAACACUCGCGCCUCCACUCGGGAGAGAAACCUUACCAGUGCGACAAAUGCGGGAAACGCUUCUCGCACUCGGGCUCCUACUCGCAGCACAUGAACCACCGAUACUCCUACUGCAAGAGGGAGGCGGAGGAGCGCGAGGCGGCUGAGAGGGAGGCCAGGGACAAGGGUGGAGGCGGAGGAGGAGUGGUGGUCGGAGGACUGGAGCCCACCGAGCUGCUGAUGAGGAGGGCCUACCUGCAGGGGCUGGGGCCGCUCGGGUACUCGGACCCCGAGGACCAGCAGGAGGACGGCGGCGGUACGAUCCUGAGGGACGGCAGGGAGGGAGGAGGAGGAGGACGAGAGGAGAGGGAAGUGGACGACAAGAUGUACGAGGACGUGACAGACAGACAGGAGGCAAGUUUCAGGGAAGGAGAGGAAGAAGAGGAGGAGGAGGAAGGUGACAGCAGGAGCCAGAUGGACUCGACGAGGGACGACGAGGGCAAAGACACGACGCAGCUGAUGGACGAGAGUUCACGAGAAGGGAAGACAGACGGCAAGUCGGACCAGGACGACUGAUCAGGAAACAUUAAAAAAAGCUUUCGAACAUUUGUCACUUUGGCUCGAUUCAGAAAGAAGAUCCUUUUAUUAUUAAGGGACUGUACACAAAUUAUUAGGCGUGGAAAGAAGGGGGAGGGUAUUAUAAGAGACUGUAGGUGAAUGUUCUAUUUUAACCCAGAUCUAUACUUUAUUUCAGAUUUAAAGUUACAUCAUAAAGAUGUGUUUUACCCGACAACAGUCCUGUCAUCUGUCAUCAGGACUUUAUUCGUCCCAAACAUUCACGUUCAGCUCGCAGCUUAAAGAGCUCGUCUUUUCUUACACUCGAUUCAUCAGGUUCUUUGACUAGUUAUCAGCGUUUUGUGUCGGUUUAUUUUGACUUUUAUGGCCCUGCAAUUUGAAAAAAGAGGUUUUAUCUCCAACUUCAUCCUCUAACUUGCCUGUAAAUUUCUGCAUGAACGCUUACUGCGUCUAAGUCGUUAUUAAUGACACAUACAAACGCAAACUAAGCAGAGAGUCAUUUUCUAUCUUGUUUGAACCCGAUUAAAAGCUGAUUUGUACCGUUAGCUACCAUGCUAGACAGCCUGCUUGCUAAUGUUAAUUACACAGCUCAUGCUAACAAGAAUGUUAGCAUGCUAGCAAGAAUUAAUGUUGUUAUUAGUAACUGACGUAACUGUGACAACUUCAGGGAUGACCCAGUUAUGUCCAAAAUUUCAGCUGCUAGCUGUUGAACAGUUUCAGGGUUCGAUGCUAACCAUGCUGCUCAGUGACUACAUUCAGAGCUCAGACUCAAACAGUGAUGGCUAAUACUCGUUAGCUCAGAGAGCUUUAUUUUCCUUCUUCAGUAACGUUUGAUUGAACGUGGUGGUGAACAAAAUGUCAGGGGGGAGUAAACAAAGAAAACAGAGAUAAGCUCCAGCAGCUAAUGUGACUGACUAGCGCUAGCAUGUUCCUGGCCGCCUAGAGAGUUAGCGGUUAGCCCUCCAGCUACAGUAGUUCAGCAACUAGCCAGUCACCAGACUUCUACAACCAAAUAUUUAGCAAAGAUUCAUGCAGAUUCGCUGCGGCGCUUUCUGGUGUGACCGGAAGGUUUUAUCUGAAAUAAGUCUAAUAAAAAUGUGAUUUUGAUAUUAUAUUUGUAGAGAACAAGGGUGCGUGUUAUUUUGACGAAUUAAAGGGAACUUUAGAGUUCGGCUCUCAGAUCGCAGGCAGAACCUGAUAAUUGUAUAAAAUACAAUAAAGUGAAAUGAAACACGAGGCUAUAGUUACAUUGAUAACAGUGGGGGAGGGGGGGUUCAAAGACAGUAUUAAUAACACUCGGGGCAUAUGAUGCAGCUUCUCUCCACUCCCUAAAUAAUUUUGGUACAGUCCCUAACCGGAGAUGCAACAUGAUGACGGCCAACAUCACAUCAUGAAGCUGGGUGGGAUUGUUUAAAAAUCCACAUUAUGCAAAAAAUAAAAAAUAAAAGAAGAAGUAAGUAAUAAUGAUUAUCAUUAUAAUGAAAUGAAGUGAAGCUGUUUUUAAUGUACAGUAUUAUAAAGGCCUAAAAGCUGUGUGGUGCUAUAAUGUUCUUAACUUCCCGUGUCUCGUUGUGUUCGAACCCCCACAUCAGGAAAUUGCACUCGACUCCCCGAAUCACUACAAAAUAAAAAAAAAUGUUUAAAAAAAGAGGGGAAAAAGCCUCGAACACUCGAUCACUUCCUGUCAGUGUUAUUGUUGUAUUUUCUGUCUCCUUUUACUGUGACGUUUUUUAUUUUUAUCCUGUUUUAUUGUUUUUGCCAACUAACCACACGACUUUGGGCCUCCUGAUGUUUUUUUUUUUUUUUUUAUGUGAAGGAACAUUUAAACCUGUGUGAUUUUCAAAAUAAAAUGUCGAUGUGAGUCUUAAAAAGGAGAGGAUGGAGCGUAAUAUGAAAGGGCUCCGUUUUAAAAAGAUAAAAAUAAAAAAGGACAGAGCCUUUUUUUGUGUGUUGAAUUUUUUCUCCAGAGAAAGCCUUAUAUGCAAACCUUUUCACCUGUGCGUUUCUGCAAAGUGCCAUCCCUGUACAGUGUACAUCACCUGUGUCCUCUCUGCUCUGCUUCACUAUUAAAAAUGAAUAUUUCAUCUUGUUUUUGAUUCGUCAGUAUUAGCUUAGAUAGACGGCAGUUUGUUAGUUUACAUAUGUUUGUGCAAUUUUCAGUAUUUUUUUGUUCCAUGACAGUAUUUUUUGUCAGUAUUACUUUUUUGUUUUUGUUGAAUUUUCCAACACAAAUUUAAAAAAAAAAAAUGUUUUAUUUGAGAAUUUACCAUUUUAUUUAUGUGACUCAUUUUAUAUUUCCUAAUUUUAUUUAUUUCAUACUGUAGUGUACAGUAUUAGAGUUCCUCACAAAUAGAUAUAUUUUAGUAAAAAUGAUUCUGUCAUUGACUAUUGGAGCAAAACUAUGAAUAGAGAGUGUCUAUGGUAUUUGGAAAAUUUCAAUUUUUUUGUUUUUGUUUUAUUUCCUUUGAAACUACUGGAAAUUCUAAAUUUGGGGAACUUUUGAUACGAUGAUUUUUGUUAAAACACUGUAUUUUUGAGAGUUAAAAAAAAAAUCCACUUUAUUCAUCCAACUGAAGAGAUGAGGAAGGACUGAUGAUGAUGAUGAUGGUGAUGGUGAUGGUGAAGGAAUUCCUGAAAUGUAUUAUUGAAUUUUUAAUUUCUCUUGGAAAUGACCAUGCUCGAAUAAAUGUAGCCAAAUUAAAUUUUAAUAAAACUGUGUUAUUCUUCUUGUA